CCCAUUCUUCAUGUGUUGGGAGGGCGCGUGGGUGUGAAAAGAGAAAGAAUGAUUGCAGCCAAGAAAAAGCGAUACUUGUGGAGGUGGCAGCCAUCCACAUCAUAGCCACCCUUAGACCUCUGAUGAAGCCCAAAAUCAUUCAAAAGAAGACCAAGAAGUUCAUCCGGGACCAGUCAGACCAGUAUGUCAAAAUUAAGCACAACUGGCAGAAACCCAGAGGCACUGACAAUAGGGUGCGCAAAAGAUUCAAGGACCAGAUCUUGAUGCCCAACACUGGUUACGGGAGCAACAAGAAAACAAAGCACAUGCUGCCCAGUGGCUUCCAGGAGUUCCUAGUCCACAACGUCAAGGAGCUCGAAGUGCUGCUAAUGUGCAACAAAUCUUGCUGUGCAGAGACUGAUCACAAUACCUCCCCCAAGAACCACAAAGCCAUUGUGGAAAAGCAGCCCAGCUGAAGGCCAGGCUGCACAGUGAAGAAAAUGUGCAAUUA